UCGCUGUGGCUGGGCGGCUAGUUUAAGUUGCCAUAGCUGCGAGUCAGGGCAGAGCACUGUCGGUUGCGCCGCAGCGUCGGGUCUGCAGCACCUUGUUGGUCACAGGUGGCCGUGGGAGCCGGGCAGGCCUCGGCGAUGAUCCGGCAUUAAAGAUCUGGGACUCUUCUCUAUCUCAGGUGGUUUGGGGAAAGUGUGAGGGCAAUCAAAGAUCAUCUACUUGACUAGGCCUUUUGCCCUGAACCUCAUGAAGAGAUGAUAGGAGGCAGACAUAUGUGCCUGAGAAGAGCACUGAGCUCAGUGGAGAGCAACACGGAGAUUUGGGGGUGUGCUUCGAUUCGUGUACAUCAAUGGCAGAAUCCUCCAGUGAUUCAGACCACUUCCGCUCUCGUGACCGAUUGAGUCGAUGGGCUGCGAGGUCCAUUCACCGGGAAUUUGGGAAUCGUCCCGCACUAGAUGUCACCGAGAAGGUCAACUCUAUAACAAGUACUUUACAGGACACCAGUCGAAACCUACGACAAGUAGACCAGAUGCUUGGACAAUAUCGAGAAUAUAGUAAUGGACAGGCAGGUGCUAUAGAACACUUAAAAGAAAGCUUGGAACAGUCAAUAGGCCAACUGCGAAGUCAACGUUUAUUGAGAAGCUCAGGAGGGAGAAGUAUUUCUGUUACAAGUCUGAGUGCAAGUGACUUUGAUGGUGGCACUGUGACAGAGAGCCACCGUUUUCCACCUACCUCACCUCUGAAGGACUAUGGGGACCAACAGGGUAGUAAACGAAUUAGAUCCAGAGCUGGUGUCCGAUUUGUUCGAGAGACUGAUGACGUGGGCCAGCUUCAUGCUUUCCAUCAGUCCCUCCGAGACCUCAGCAGUGAACAAGUUCGCCUCGGAGACGAUUUCAACCGGGAAAUUGCCAGAAGAAGCAGGUUGGAUGCUGAAACAAAAAGGGCUUUGGAAAAAUUGACUGAGAAGCUCAGUGAAACCCAAAAACAAGAAACGGUUUCAGAUCGGGUGGAGCGGCGGCUACAGGAAAUAGAGAGAGAGAUGCGUACAGAGAGAGAGUUGGUGGAAAGACGUCAGGACCAACUGGGACUCAUUUCUUUGCAGCUACAAGAGGCAUUGAAGAAACAAGAAGCUAAAGCACAUGAAGAUGAGGGAGUAGUGAAAAAUAAGCUAAGACAAACUGAAACUGAGAAGAGUCAACUUGUCCAGGAGUUGGAGCUGUCUCGGAGGUUACUGAAUCAGUCUGAAGGCACCAGAGAAACACUUCUGCAUCAAGUAGAAGAACUCCGUACACAACUUAUGAAAGCAGAAGGUGAUCGAAAGGGUUUACAACACCAAGUAUCUCAGAUUUCCCAGCAGCAGUCAAACCACCAGGAUGAACAAGGAGAUGACUGGAGGUUUAGGAGAGGCAUUGAGCGGGAAAAAGAGGAUCUGGAGAAGCAGAUGUCAGAUUUGAGGGCGCAGCUGAACUUCAGUGCAAUGGCCUCGGAGUUAGAGGAAGUGAAGCGGUGCAUGGGGCGAAAAGACCAGGAGCGAGCACACUUGGCAGCACAAAUAGAGAAUUUAACACAUGAAUUGGACAACAAGGAAAAACAGCAACUGCAGAUGUUGGAUCAACUUCAGGAGAUCCAGAAGCACUUUGAAACAUGUGAUGCCAAGCGAAAGCAUGCUGACCUCCAGAUCUCAGAGCUGACUCACCACGCUGAGGACGCAACCAAGCAGGCCGAGCAGUACCUCCUGGACUUCCAGCAGUCGGAGGCCCUGAGACAGGAGGCGGAGAAGAGGCGAGAAGAGCUGAAACUGAAAGCUCAGGAGUCCAUUCGGCAGUGGAAGCUUAAGCAUAAGAAGUUGGAGCGAGCGUUGGAGAAACAGUCCGAAACUCUUGAUCAGCUCACAGACAAGAACAAUCAGAUCCUGAAAGAAAAGGAUGAAUUGAAAAGCCAGCUUUAUGCAGCGUUGCAACAAAUAGAGAAUCUUCGAAAGGAAUUGAACGAGGUCAUAAGCAAGCGUGCCCUUCAAGAGGAGGAGCUUCACUGUAAGGAACAGAAACUAAGUGAUGUUAAGGCUCAUCAAGCUGACCUUGAACUAGAAGUCAAGGGUAACUUGGACACCAUCCAUAGUCUAGAAACUGAACUGCAAAAGCAGAGUAAGAAUCAAAGCCAGAUGAAAGUUGAGAAAGCUCACCUGGAGGAAGAAAUUGCAGAGCUAAAGAAGAGUCAGGCGAAGGACAAAGCUCAACUUCUUGAGAUGCAAGAGGCCAUUAAGGACUUGAGUGCCAUCCGGGCAGAUCUUGCCAAUAAAUUGGCUGAGGAACAAAGAGCCAGGAAAGAGGUGCUUAAGAACCUUUCUGACCUCAAGACACAGGCUGAAUCUAAAGAUGAAGAAACAGCUACAAUCAUCGCACAGUUAAAGCUAGAACGAGAUGUUCACCAAAGAGAACUGGAAGAUCUCACAUCGUCAUUGCAGAGUGUGAAAACUAAACAUGAGCAAAAUAUCCAGGAACUGAUGAAGCACUUCAAGAAAGAAAAGAGUGAAGCUGAGAAUCACAUUAAGACACUGAAGGCAGAAAGCUUAGAAGAUAAGAAUACGGCUAAAGUCCAUCUUUGCCAGCUGGAGAAGCUGAAAGCACAGUGUGACAGGCUGACAGAGGAACUAACCCAGAAUGAGAGUGAGAACAAAAAGCUGAAGCUGAAAUAUCAGAGUUUGAAGGACCAACUAGAAGAAAAGGAGAAACAUAUAAGCACCGAAGAAGAGCACUUAAGGAGGAUGGAAGAGGCCAGAUUGCAACUCAAGGAUCAACUUCUUUGUCUAGAGACUGAACAAGAAUCCAUUCUUGGUGUGAUAGGAAAGGAAAUUGAUGCAGCUUGUAAAACCUUCUCCAGGGAGUCGAUGGAGAAACUGAAAGUUUUUUCACCUGGUUCUGAUAUUAAUUAUGACCCACAUCGCUGGUUAGCAGAAAGCAAGACUAAACUUCAGUGGCUCUGUGAGGAACUGAAAGAGAGAGAAAACAGAGAGAAAAGUCUGCGGCACGAGCUGAUGCUGUGUAGACAGCAACUCAGGAACCUGACUGAGAACAAGGAAUCCGAGCUCCAGUGCCUCUUUGAUCAGAUAGAAAGGCAGGAGCAGCUUCUGGAAGAAAUACAUCGGGAGAAGAGAGAUCUGCUGGAGGAGAGCCACAGAAAAGAUGAAGAAAUGGAGUCUCUGCAGCCAGAGCUACAAUUUAACACUCCACCUUGGGAAGAUGCUAGUCAGACUGCCAUGAAAAAUCAGAGUGAAGCUCGAAUGGAAGAAAAAGCAGACCGUGUGAACGUGUUAGAAAUGAUUUCCUGUAUGCUUGAAAAUGCUCGUAAUGUUGGGGAAGGGAGUUUUAACCAGAGCACCCGAGUGGCCUUGGACCAUCUGGAGUCAGUGCCCGAGAAACUGAGCCUGCUAGAAGAUUUCAAAGGCUUCCGAGAUUCCCACAGUUUAUCCGAGAGAAUUGAUGGGAGAUACUCCAAAUACAGAGUUCACAGAGAGUCUCCGCAGCAGCACCGAGAUGACCCCAAGUACAGAAUCAGAAGCUUCAAAGACGACCAGACCUUCGCCGACAGUUCCCACGCUCACCGUGGCUUAGAUCACUCAUCCUCUUGGCAGGACCGCAGUCACUUCCUGUCUAGUCCACGAUUUUCACACUUUAACUCGUUUACCACAAGACUAUCUGCUCCCAAUUCACCUUCAAUCAAGGAAGAUGCGACAAGAUUGCCAAUGGAUGGAACAAGUCUACGAUCCAAAAGGGAGGAGUACGAAAGCAAAAAGAGCAAAAUGUAAUCGGUUGCUUUACCUGAGUGUUUUACACAUAACAGCACACUGACCCUUGCUGCACCCUGGCCCACAUUAUCAAGCAGACACGUCUGAAGUUUGCGCUCUUCAGCAUUGCCAAACAUCAACUAAGAUACCAAUAUGGUUGGUCCUCGUGAAAGAUAAAUUAAACUCAUCCAAAUAAUA